UUCCCUCCCGCUUCCCUCCCGCGUCCCUCCCGCAGGGGUCCGGCGCAGCGACCCGGUGACCCGCCGUGCCAGCCCGCGGCCUCCGCGCUACCUGAGCCAAUGCUAGAUCUGGAGGUGGUGCCCGAGCGGUCUCUGGGGAACGAGCAAUGGGAGUUCACCUUAGGAAUGCCGUUGGCUCAGGCUGUAGCAAUUCUUCAGAAACACUGUCGCAUUAUCAAAAACGUCCAGGUUCUCUACAGUGAGCAGUCACCUCUUAGCCAUGACCUCAUCCUUAACCUGACUCAGGAUGGAAUCAAACUGCUGUUUGAUGCUUUCAAUCAGAGACUUAAGGUGAUUGAAGUUUAUGACUUGACUAAGGUGAAGUUAAAAUAUUGUGGUGUCCAUUUUAACUCUCAGGCAAUUGCUCCAACCAUAGAACAAAUUGAUCAGUCAUUUGGAGCAACACAUCCAGGAGUGUAUAACUCAGCUGAGCAACUCUUUCACCUCAAUUUCAGAGGACUGUCAUUUUCUUUUCAGUUAGACUCCUGGACUGAAACCCCGAAGUACGAGCCUAACUUUGCCCACGGUCUGGCCUCUCUGCAAAUUCCACAUGGCGCGACUGUGAAACGCAUGUACAUCUACAAUGGAAACAGUCUGCAGGACACCAAGGCUCCCUUGAUGCCUCUCAGCUGUUUCCUUGGGAAUGUGUAUGCUGAGAAUGUUGAUGUUCUGCGAGAUGGAACUGGACCCUCAGGUUUACGGCUUCGCCUACUCACUGCAGGCUGUGGCCCAGGUGUUUUAGCCGAUGCCAAGAUGCGGGUAUUUGAACGCUGUGUGUACUUCGGUGAUUCCUGCCAGGAUGUGCUCAGCACCUUGGGCUCUCCACACAAAGUCUUCUACAAGUCAGAAGACAAGAUGAAAAUCCAUUCGCCCUCGCCCCAUAAGCAGGUCCCAUCAAAGUGCAAUGACUACUUCUUCAAUUAUUUCACACUUGGAGUGGAUAUUCUAUUUGAUGCAAACACUCACAAGGUGAAAAAAUUUGUCCUGCAUACAAAUUAUCCUGGUCAUUACAACUUCAACAUUUACCAUCGCUGUGAAUUCAAGAUUCCACUCAUCAUUAAGAGAGAUAGUGCUGAUUCACAGACAGAAACAUGUACAACAUACAGCAAGUGGGACAGUAUUCAGGAUCUACUGGGGCACCCUGUAGAGAAGCCAGUGGUACUUCACAGGUCAUCAUCUCCGAACAACACUAACCCAUUUGGGUCAACCUUUUGCUUUGGACUGCAGCGAAUGAUCUUUGAGGUGAUGCAGAAUAAUCACAUAGCUUCUGUUACUCUGUAUGGCCCCACACGGCCCAGCAGCCAGUUGAGAACGUCGGACCUUCCCCAGUGAGCAUCCCCUGCAAAGUCAGCUAAUCUCAAUGCUACAGAAUUAGUACAGCGUGCCUUGAUUUGCUGCCACUUAUAAUAUGGAAAGCACGUUAUGAUUUUAUUUUUUUUUUCAAGAAGCCUUUCCACCCAGGAGCGGUGUGGAGAGGAAAUUCUCUCAACCCUUCAUCAUGGGGCAUGGAACUGUUGAUGGAGGAAAGCAGCUUGGGUGCCUGUGCCGUCAUUUAUUCCUCUCCGUUGCCCUCAUCCUAUGCAGCACAGACCUGAAGAGACUGUCCCUCCUUCUCAGCUGGCAGAAGGGGGAAAUGGAAGAGGGGCACGUAAUGACUGCAAGAAUUAGAAGCACAAACUUUCUGAGCCUUGGAGCAUCUGGAAGCAGGUAUUGAUUUUAGUCUGUUUGUGUUACUGUAUUGAUGUGGUGGUCACAUUUUAAGAAAACGUGUGUGUAUAUAUAUAUAGAUCUAAACACCUCGGUAUUUCUGUGGCUUAGGACAUUGUACCAAGUGUGACAAGGAUGUAUAUAUGUCCAUGAUUUCAGGCACCACAUCUUUGUGUAACUUUAAACCAAGCAAGUAGCAUGUGCAUAAUACUUGGUUGUAACAUUUGCACUACAUACACUUUAAUUACUUGAUAAACGUUUAUCUUCACUGAGGAGCAUCUGUGUACUGGGAGUGAGUGGGGUGUGGUGGUUAUUUAAUGUACACUGCGCAUAAAGCUUAUUUAUACAGUGGAUCAAAUUUAUCCACCUUCCUGCACUAAUAUGUACUUGAUAUGCUGAUACAAUUUUUUUCUGUCAUGGCUGGUUUACUAAUUUUUUUUCAUAUGCAAUUUUGAAAGAAAAAAAAAAAAACCAACUUCUGGAAGGGGUUAUUUCUAGGAUUGAAUUAUGUUUUAAUGAAAAGAUUUGAUACAAUUUUUCAUACUAGUGAAAAAUUUAACGAAGAAAUAAUGUUGCCUCAUUUGCCUCUGUUCCAAAAUCCUUUAUUCCUACUCUAUUUCCUCAGAGAAAGGAAAGCUGUAUAUAAUGGUAUCUCAGAAAGAAAUUCUGGAAUUCCGCCAUCACCAAGAUAACCUUUUCUGUAACUUUUGAUGUGUGAUUUUAAUUUAUGCCAAAGGUUUAGCCAAAGACAUCCUCGAUGUAGUUUCACCAUUUCUGUACAUAUAUGCUAACUGCACACCCCACCCCAGCAGACAGGAUAUAGGCUUCUUUCUAGUUGGGAGAUGCUGCUCGCGACAUUUUAUCCCAGGAGGAUACUUUAGGUUUCUAGUUCUCUUACCAGUCUUAUUUGGGAGAAAUAGGUGGUCUGUCUUUGAAAUAAUGAACCCUUUUUAAAAAUGGACAAGAGAAAUGUAUAAUUUUAUCCCAUUUUUAAUAUUUUGGUGUCGCAACUUGUGAUACAUAGAUGACAAUUUUGUGAGUUUUACUAUGUGUGUACAGAUUUUUGUAAAUAUGACAUUUUUGUAAUUUUAACUCCAUGUACAGUGUAAUCCUGUAUAGUUUAUCAAUGAAUGAGAGAUAGGAAAUCGAAUGUUAACUGAAGUUUUGGAUCCUGGACCAGUAGCAGGGAUAAAUGUGUGUGUGUGUGUGAGACGUUCUUUGCCAUUUAGUCUUCCUGUAUACUGUGAUACUCUAAACUGUUUUGCUAAAACAAACAAAAAAGCCCCAUGGAGAAUCUAAUGGAUAAGGAAAAAGUUACUGUUUACCUUUAUCCCUAGGUGUCACUCCUGUUGAAUCCCUGUUCAAUCUGUGCUGUCUCCUGUGAUCGUUGCUUGCUAAGAAAAUUCUAUGCCUCAAUCUUCCUUUUUGUUUCCUCUCUAAUUUUAAUUUCAUUUUACAUAGCCCUUCUGUAAAUUAAAUGGAAUAAUUAUGAGCAUGUACACUGAAAGUAAAAUAAAAAGAGACUCUCAGUUACUGUUUUUGUGUUAAUACAGUUGCUGGGUGUUUUUGUAAUAAAAUUAUGGAUGUUCUUGCUUUUUCUUUUCUUAUCAAUUAGUUCUUUUUAUUUUACUGGUUUUCAAGCAUUGUAUUUAAAGUACCUGACUAGUGUAUAGUGACUUUAUAGCCAGUUCAGUAUGUUCUCCAAAGAAACAGUAACUAACAUAACUCGGUAGAUACAUUAAAGCAUUUUGUAAGGUUUUGCCCUGAAGUGGAGAAGGGAAGUCUUUAAACUGUGAUUGACAGCACCGUGGGCUGUGCAUUGUGUUCAGAAAUGGGAUUGUUAUGCUCCUGUGGACCCUUGGGGAUCAUGGAAAUUGAUUGAGCUUCAAAGAGGGGGAAUAUGACACAGCAGAAGGGAGGAAAUGCCUGCAGUGAAAGCAGCAAAUGUGAGUUCUGUACUUCGUUCGUGUGCCCCGAGGGACUUCACAGAAAAGCUGUGGGAGUCUCCUUGCCCUGAAGCAGCUCAAAGGUUAAUGCAGGGCACAAGGAAUGGGACUUAACUUCUGCUCUGGCUGUGUGGGGCAGGCAGAGCACUCAGCCCUCCUCCUGCAGCAUCCCUCUGUGCUGGAGUACAAACUGAGCUUGCCUGCUGCUUGGCUCAGUGUGCUCUUGCAGAACUUUAUGGUCUCAGAACUGAAAUGCUGUGCAUGCUGAUUCUUGUUACUAAAAUGUGACAGCAAUCUUGAUGCUAAUUCCAAAUAAUUUUAAUUCAUCCUUUUCUAAUAAAGGCUCCAGAUAAGCAGCAAGAGGAGAUAAAUCCUUGAUAGGAUGAUUUAAGUAAUGGCUAUGCAGAUGCCACCAAUACCCUGCUCUCAAGCAUAUUGAGUUGAAUUUCUUCAGAAGAUGUCAGGCCUGCUGCUGUAGCAUGAACCCUGAGACUUAGGACAGGAGCAGCAGCUAACCAAAGGUAUUUAAUAACUACAGUGACUCAGGCUUUACUUGUAAUGCUCUGGUGAGUCCAAGGGACUAAAAUAGUAUUGGUAAUUAACAGUUCUGUCUUAGUAACCCAUAUACUUCUCUAGGUCAGCCCCUUGAUACUGAAAAAUUCUCUGCACACACAGAAAAUUAAAGGCAGUUUUGUGUCUUGGCUGUUGCUGCUGGGCUAAGCUUAAAGCAUUUGACUUUCGGGAGAAGCAGAUCUGAAGAAGCACCAGGAGAGAUAAUGUGGAGCUACUCUUAUGGGUUUCCUCAACCUCCCUUUGUGAAUGUAGCUGUUCACAGCUCUCUUGUCUAAGAUGUUUGGAUUUGUUUGCUCCUAUUCUGACUAAGCCAAGCUGUUCCUGAGCUGAUGCAUUAGAGAUGCAUUGUGGAGCAUUUAAGGACUUACUGAGAAGUUCAGGAAUGGGUAGAGAGGAACGAUGGUGGGUUUGAAUCAGAAAGAACAGAGGAAGGAGUAGAGGAGCUCUGGGGAACAAGGCAAGGAUAGCAGUGUGGCAGGAAGGGAGGCUGGGAUGGGGCAGUUCAUCUGAACCUAGAAAACUGUUCUGUGGAAAGGGCUGCUCAGCGGGGAGCAAGGGGCCGGCUCUGAUUCCCUCUCCCAAAGGAACUGAGAGAUUUGGGCUGCAUCAGAUCCCAGGUGGCCUUGUUCCUUGUAAUAAUCCUGUGUGAUUUGGUACAGAUCCUGCAUGUUGGUAACAUGUGUGUUGGUCCAUCAUUUUGGUUUCAUAUGCUAAAACUGUUUGAUAUAAAGUUAAGUACAAUUGCAUUUUUAAUAAAAUGUGUAGUGCAU